AGUAGAUGCGAGUUGAGUGAAGAAUUAUGGAUUCGUUAGCGCCGAACGAGACGUCCGGGGAGUGUGCAACGGCACGCGUUUUUGUGGCGCAGGACGGGAACGCGGACGCUUCAAACCGGAGCUGCGGCAACAUCUCCACGGCGCUCACACCUCGCGGCGUGCGGCCAAAGGAUGACGACCACACGCUGAUCAUCCUGCUCUACUCCCUCAUCUUCUUCCUGAGCGUGUUCGGAAACCUGCUGAUCAUCGUGGUUUUGACGGUCAACAAGCGCAUGCGGACCGUCACCAACACCUUCCUGCUGUCGCUGGCCGUCAGCGACCUGAUGUUGGUCGUAUUCUGCAUGCCCUUCACCCUCAUCCCGAGCAUCCUCAAGGACUUCAUCUUUGGCGCUAUCAUGUGCAAGAUCGUAACCUACCUCAUGGGUAUAUCAGUGAGCAUCUCUACCUUUAGCCUGGUUGCCAUAGCGAUUGAGCGCUACAGCGCCAUUUGUAACCCCCUGAAGUCCCGGGUGUGGCAGACUCGUUCCCAUGCUUACCGGGUAAUUGCCGCGACGUGGCUGAUGGCCAUCAUUAUCAUGAUUCCGUACCCGGUGGUGAGUCACCUGGACUCCUUUCCACGCCCCGACAACACCACCGCCCACCAGUGUCGCCACAAGUGGCCCGUCGCCGUGGCCAAGCAGUCCUGGUACGUGCUGCUGCUGCUUAUCCUAUUUGCCAUUCCCGGGGUGGUGAUGAGCGUGGCCUAUGGACUCAUCUCCCGGGAGCUUUACAGAGGGAUCCAAUUUGAGAUGGGCCACAAAAAAGACUCGACAGACGUGAAGAAUGGCCUGACUUCAACCAUGUCGUGCGGCAGUGAUGACGGUGACGGCUGCUACGUCAACGUCCAGCGUCCUUACUCGCUGGAAAUGUCCGCGAUGUCCGCCUCCGUCAAGAGGCCCAGGGCGGACCGGCCACGCAGCAACACGUCGGAGGCCAAGCUGGAGGCCAAGAAGCGAGUCAUCCGCAUGCUGGUGGUAAUCGUGGUCCUCUUCUUUCUGUGCUGGAUGCCUCUGUACUGCAUCAACACUUGGCGAGCUUUCGAUGACAAUUCAGCCAAAAAAGCUCUCUCCGGCACACCCAUUGCCUUUAUCCAUUUGCUGAGCUACACCUCCGCCUGCGUCAACCCCAUCAUUUACUGCUUCAUGAACACCCGUUUCCGGAAAGCUCUGCUCGCUAUGUUCUCCUGCUGCGCCGGCCCUUGCCGUCACCACCGCCGCCGCCACCGCCGCGGGCUGAGAGACAACGAAGAGGACGUUACGGCCAUGGGACCUUCCAUGUCCAAGUUUAGUUACACAACAGUCAGCACCAUGGGAACAUGCUGAGGAUGAAAGAGGCGAGUCCGAUCAGGAAGAGACAGUUACUGGAACAAGGCGGCGUACAACAUCCGCUUUGUUUAGGCCUACGCGAAAGCAGUUAGCAUAAUGUAGCGACAGCGAAGCUUAAAUAUAUGAUUGUGAGAAAAUAAAUAGGGGUAUUAACAAUUCCAGUGUCUCAAUGGACGGUAUAUACCUCAACGGAUACAAAAACAGAAGGUGUUAGCUUAGCUGUUCUAUCAGUUCACGUCCAAACUACAGCUGUCCCAUUUUUUUAUUUAUUUAUUUUUGUUACCUGUUGGCGUGUCCUAAAAUUGACUGCUUCAACUACACUUGUUUAAUAUGUACGAGCUUUUCUAGAUUUACAAAAAUGAAUCAACAUUUCUCUUCAUAGUGGCCAAAACUAUAAAUAUAGC